AUGUUAGCAUAUAAAAAAGGUGGCAAUUCAGAAGGCAAAAUGAAGAACUUAAUCAAUAGAUACUUGGAAUUGCUUGAAAAUUUUUCUUCAAAAUCACAAAAAGGUCAUAGUAGUAAAAUACAUAAUCUUAAGCAAUAUUACUUGAAUAAAAUCAAAGUUAAAAAAGAAGUUCUAGUUAAUCAAAAAUUCAUAAAGGAGGAUAGAGCUAUUAGAAUUUGGACUGAAAAGGAUUAA